AUGGAAAUCAAUAGUUUUGGUGAUUUGUACAAGAUUACAACAAGUAAAAACCUUGUAGAAUAUUUGCAAAAUUUAGGCAUGUUAAAAAGCAACUUCCCUUGUAAAAACUGCCGGCAAACUUGUUUUCUACAAACCGAUUCCAACAAUACCAUAAUAAAUACCACAUUCUACUGCCCAAACUGUAAAAAUACAUUUUCAGUUUUGGAUGGAAGUUUCUUUGAAUCAGCUAAAAUGCCCGUUUCAAAUAUUCUCCAUUUAAUGUGGAUGUGGGCCUGUGAAAUUAACACAGAGUCAGCAGCUCAAAGCAUGGGAAUGAAGAAAAACAUUGUAGUGGAACAAUUUAGGAGUUUCAGAGGUGUUAUCAGAUGGAAACUUUCACAAAAUAAAAAACUACUUCAAUUAGGAGGACCAGGUCAUGUGGUCCAAAUAGACAAAAUCCUCCUCAUAAGACUCCGCACCAAAAAUAAUGAAGUAAAACAAAAAUUGGUUAUUAGCAUGUAUGAUACCACAACUAAAAAGGGCUACGUUCAACAAAUAUACAAUAAAACACCUGGAGAAGCUACAAGUAUCGUAGAACUGUAG